AUGAAACUCGAAAAUAGCACGGAGCUUAAAGUAAAUUUAGUACUUCAUCUGGCAUUUGUUGAGUUAAACAACAUCGUGACUCCACUGUGGAUCCAGUCGUAUGAGGACCAGCUUUCCACCAGACAGACCAACAGCAGGGAGUUUCUGAGGAAUUUAUCCAAGAUGCUGCAACGGAACAUUGGGGAGAUGUCUCCCUGGCUGAAGCAACAAAGGUUAAACAACAUGGUGACUCCACUGUGGAACCAGCCGUAUGAGGACCAGCUAUCCACCAAACAGACCGACACCAGGGAGUUUCUGAGGAAUUUAUCCAAGAUGCUGCAACGGAACAUUGGGGAGAUGUCUCCCUGGCUGAAGCAACAAAGAAAGAGCCACAGUGGGAUGGCAUGUGAGUUGGAGCCAAUUAAGCCAUCGCCAGUAUUAGAGAGCUAUCGCAUCAAGUGUGAGUUUACCAUCGGCAAGAGUGUAGAUGGCAUCGAUAACACUGUUGGUUUCCGGCUUGGCGCUUACAAAGGUAAGUAUUUCCUCUGAAGUUUCCUUUUUGCAAAAGACGUAGAUCAGCUUUCAUGUUUGAUUGGAUCAGCUGUCGAGGGGCGUGGCCUAUUAGUAGCUAAUGCUGAUCAAUUCCAACCAAUCACAAUGCAACACACAGAAAGAUUGACAGGUGUACAUACUGUGCAUUGUCUAAUAUGUCUGUCAGGAAUUAAUUAUUGAAAAGACAGAAACAAGCCACAAAAGACUUAAACCCUUGUCAUCCCCUUUGCUGACCA